UCAAAUUAUUGAUGCGGUGGUUUGAAUCACGUUUGAAUUUAAUGCGACCCUUCGCAUUCGCUUUAUUUUCUAAUUCUUUGUCAUAAUAUUGUCUAAAUGAACUAGAUAAUAUUAUUAUUUAAAAGUGAAACUAGUGUUAUUAAGUGCAAAAUCAUGGUUUUGGCCGAAAGAAGUACUGAUGUUCGAAAUGGGAAGCGGUCGAGGGGGCCAAGCCCCAAUGGCCAUGGAAGUCCAGAUUCGAGUUCAGAAGAUGAGAAUGUGGUACCGUUUGCAGCCGAGAAGAUUAGAGUGGGUAGAGAUUAUCAAGCAGUUUGCCCAGAAUUGGAACCAGUGGAGCAGCGGAGACCAGAGAUGAUAUCAGACAGAGCCUUACUUGUAUGGUCCCCUACAGCUGAUAUAUCUGAUAUGAAAUUGGAUGAAUACAUAACUACUGCAAAGGAAAAGUAUGGCUACAAUGGUGAACAGGCACUUGGAAUGUUAUUUUGGCAUAAACAUGACCUUACUAGAGCAUCAAUGGACCUAGCAAACUUCACACCCUUUCCUGAUGAGUGGACACUUGAAGAUAAAGUAUUAUUUGAACAAGCUUUCCAGUUCCAUGGCAAAAGCUUUCAUAGGAUAAGGCAAAUGCUCCCUGACAAAUCAAUAGCAUCACUAGUGAAAUAUUAUUACUCAUGGAAAAAGACCAGAGCUCGUACUUCUCUAAUGGAUGUUGUUGGUGAAAAUCGCAAUGCAACUAGUUCAGGAACAGGCAAGCGGGAGUCUGGUGCCUCUGAACCAGGUGGUUCUGAUAAGGAAUCAGACAAUGAUGAGAAGGGCGAGGGCGGCGGCGAGGGCGCGGGCAAGAGUUGCACGGUGUGCGGCAUUCUGUGUUCGCAGACCACGCCGCACAACUCCCACAAGUUGUGUCAGGCAUGCCUCGUGCACGCCAGACGCACCGGAACGAUGCGACCUCUGUGUGGGCCCUCCGGCCGCCGCGGGCCGGGCUCCAAACAGCAGCGGUACAAGCAUCGAUUGCCACGGGGCAUUUACAUCAAUCACGAUGAUCUCGUCGCGAUGGCCACCGGCCCUCAGCCCGGCGAUCCCCCGCAGCCCGGCCUAGUCAAUCAGGGGGAAGCGAUGCUUAAAGCUAUGGACAGAGAGAUUAUAUCGCUAAAGAGACAAGUACAACAAAAUAAACAGCAGCUUAGUGCUAUGAAGCGUAAAGUUGGUGACGCCGGUGUGGAGGAGCUAAGGCCUGGUGAACCACCCGCGAAGAUAAACUCCCGCUGGACCAAUGAUGAACUACUCAUGGCCGUUACGGCCGUCAGGAAAUAUGGGCGUGAUUUCCAGGCGAUUGCGGAGACACUGGGCACAAAGACCGAGGCACAUGUUCGCACAUUCUUCGUGUCGUACCGGCGCCGGUAUAACCUGGACGCCGUGCUUCGGGAGCACGAGCAGGACCGCGCACACAUACUACAAGGUACAACGAGUACGGAAAAUUCUGAUAAAACUACUGAGAAUACCAGCGCCAAUAAUGGAAGCGGUUCGCCUCAGCCCGCCGCCAAGGAUGAAAAGACGGAGGUGGACAGCGAGGGCGUAGCGCUGGGGGCGCCAGCGGAGCGCGGGGGUCCGCCCACCACGCCCCCACCCGCACACAAGACCACCAAGUGAUGCAACCCAUUCUAACGGGCCGACCUGAAACGCUUUCACAUCUACCGCACAGUAAGUUCUACACCGACAGCCAUCUGCGCGCAUGCAACCAAAUCUACACACUUUGGAACCUAGAAACGCAGACGUUCUUUCGUAUAGUAAGUUCAGUUGUUUUGGAAGUCUAAAUUGUAUUUUGACAUGACUUAUCGUAAUCACAUUGAAUUUGUUUUAUACAUUUGUAUUUAUACUUGCUAUAUUGUUACGGGUAUGUAACGUAUAUAGCCGAAUUAAUAUUACACAAUGUUACGCAUUAAGUUGGGUCCAGAUAUACGUGUUGUAGUGCAGAGAUUCUUAAAUUAAUAAAUUCUUAUUCUUAAAUAAAAUUAAUAAAACUCAAGAUCAGUGCAGUGUGAAAUGUGCUAUCGAAGUUUGCUA